CUGAAGUAAGAACUUAGUGGACUAAAAAGUCCAAUUUUAAAGCAUAGUGGAAGUCUAUUGGCUGUAUGUUGAAGCUUCGCAGGCUUACUGAACUUGGUUUAGUUUAGCUUAGCUCGCUCGCUAAAACACGUUAACGCAUUCCGAUUGCUUUGGCUUCACGCCACUUCCGAUGCGACGAUUACGAAUGACUGAAGGGAGGCCAACGCAAUCCCGAACAUCAAAGAGUAGAGACGUGGAAAAUAAGGAGAGGAAAUCCAGGUCACGACGAACAACUGAAAAAUGAAGUGUCCCACUGAUGUCACUGUAGAAGAUCUUCACCCUGAGAAGCAUGAUCCCCUUCGCGUUAAAAAGGAGGAGUCCGACAUGCCGUGGAUCAAACAGGAGGCAGAGCCAGAGACCCCUGACAUGAAAGAAGAAAAACAGGAAGUUGAAAUUCUCAAGUUUCCAAUAGGUGUCAGUGUAAAGAGCGAAGAAGACAAAGGUCCAAGCGGUGACAGCAGAGCAGCGAAACCUUGGAGCGACAGCUCAUUUCAGCACCUGACAAUAAAAGGAGAGGGACGAUCGCAACCGGACGGCCUUUUAGCUCCGCUUUCGGACAGCGACGACAUAAUGUCACGUUCUUCUGACUCUAAUAGUGUCGAGGAGGAUGAUGACUUUGACCAAAAUGAUUCAAAAUCUUUAAACAAGUCAUCAUUGAAAAGAGGCACAAAGGAAUGCACAGUUGGGAAACCUUUUUCCUGCUCAGUCUGUCGUAAAACAUUUUCUUGGAAAUAUACUUUAAAAGAACACAUGCGUACACACACUGGGGAGAAGCCUUUUGCCUGCACACUUUGUGAUAAAAAAUUCUUCAGUAAGGGAAAUUUAAACAUUCACACAAGUAAACACACUGGAGAGAAGCCUUAUGCCUGCACACUCUGUGGUAAAAAGUUCUUCGCGAAGGCAAAUUUAAACAGACAUACCAGAAACCACACUGGAGAGAAGCCUUAUGCCUGCACACUUUGUGAUAAAAAGUUCUUCGCGAAGGCAAAUUUAAACACUCAUACAAGAACACACACUGGAGAGAAGCCUUAUGCCUGCACACUUUGCGAUAAAAGAUUCAUCGAGAAGGGACUUUUAAACAGACAUACCAGAAACCACACUGGAGAGAAGCCUUAUGCCUGCACACUUUGCGAUAAAAGAUUCGUCGAGAAGAGUGGUUUAAAGAAACACACAAUCAAACACACUGGAGAGAAGCCUUAUGCGUGCAAACUUUGUGAUAAAAAGUUCUUCGCGAAGGCAAAUUUAAACUAUCAUACAAGAACACACACUGGAGAGAAGCCUUAUGCCUGCACACUUUGUGGUAAAAGAUUCAUCGAGAAGAGUGGUUUAAAGAAACACACAAGAACACACACUGAAGAGAAGCCUUAUGCCUGCACACUUUGCGAUACAAGAUUCUUCGAGAAGGGACUUUUAAACAGACAUACCAGAAACCACACUGGAGAGCGGCCUUUCGCCUGCACGCUUUGUGGUAAAAGAUUCACUCGGAAUACUGAUUUAAAAAGGCAUAAGCGUACGCACACUGGAGAAAAGCCUUUUGCCUGCUCACUUUGUGGUAAAAAAUACGCUGAGAAGAGAGGUUUAAACACACACACAUGCAGACACACUGGAGAGAAGCCUUUCGCCUGCACACUUUGUGGUAAAAGAUUCACUCAGAAGAGUGAUUUAGAAAGGCAUAAGCGUACACACACUGGAGAAAAGCCUUUUGCCUGCUCACUUUGUGGUAAAAAAUACGUCGAGAAGAGUGAUUUAGAAAGACAUAAGCGUACACACACUGGAGAAAAGCCUUUUGCCUGCUCACUUUGUGGUAAAAAAUACGCUGAGAAGAGAGGUUUAAACAGACACAUGCAGACACACUGGAGAGAAGCCUUUCGCCUGCACACUUUGUGAUAAAAAGUUCUUCAAGAAGGCAAAUUUGAACAUUCACACAGGAACACACACUGGAGAAAAAGCUUUUGCAUGCUCGCUUUGUGGUAAACGAUUCACUCUGAGAGAAAAUUUAGCAGUGCACGCAAGAAGUCACACUAAGUAAAAACCUUUGAAUUCUGACAAAGUAUUCUGAUUCCUGUAUUUACAGCGGAAAAAAGCAUUUCAAUUGAAUCAGUUUCCCAAUGAGCCUCUUUUGAAAAGUUGUACAAAUGAUUUUUCAUGUGCUGUUCUUUUUUUUUACCACUAUCCAACACAAAUAUUUGUUUUAAAUUGUGUAAAUUGCAUUACAUGUCUUUCUGUUAAUUGUUCCAUAAAUUCCUAACAUCGUGCUUUUAAGGGUGUUAAGAAAAAUUUAUCCUUAAAUCGCGAUAUUACGUCACGCAAUUCUCGUAUCGAUUCAAAAUCCGUCUGCAUCAAUCUUUACGCAUGUGAUUUUGGUGGAAAUAAUUCAGUGAGUGAAUUCAGUGUGUUUUGUUUGUGUAUGUGUUUCUUUUCUUUCUUCUUUUGUAUUUCUUUUCUUGUGCCCCCCCAUAAUCCCUUCCUGUUUGCUGUUUUGUCACAAUAAAAAGGUAUUUUGAAUGAUCACAAUGGGAGUAUGUCAGACUCUCAAUGUGAAACAUUAAAACUGGUCAGACUAUCCGGGCACUUAGACUUCCAUUCUCUGUGUCAAACAGCUGAACAGGACAGGGUUUUUUUUCUUUUUUUUAAAAAGGAAAUAAUUCAGUGGCUGCACUUUUUACUCCUGUCCAGCAGCUGGCAGCGUGCAGCAGCAUUGGCUUGCAGUCUGCUGAAGUAAUAACAAGAUUAGACUAAUCUUGAGUAAAGGUUUUUGUACCUCAGCAAUGGUGGACGGGGUACUUCCGUAGAGUAAAUCGCGAUAUUACGUCACGCAAUUCUUAUAUCGAUUCAAAAUCCGUCUGCAUCAAUCUUUACGCAUAAGAUUUCGGUGAAAAUAAUUCAGUGGCUGCACUUUUUACUCCUGUCCAGCAGUUGGCAGCGUGCAGCAGCAUUGCCUUGCAGUCUGCUGAAGUAAUAAGAACAAGAUUAGACUAAUCUGAGUAGAGGUUUUGUACGUCGCCCUCUAGUGGUUGGCCGUCAUUACUGGGGUGUUUACACACUUAUAGCAUCCGACCCGUCAGUCGAUGGAAACAGUAACAUCAGCUGCUGUGUGCUGAAGACGGCAUACCUCAGCAAUGGUGGACGGGGUACUUCCGGUCGUUUUGCUUGGAUUCGCCCCUUUGUAAAUUUGAAAUUUGGGCUUAUUUUGGAUUUAACUGCAAAAACGGAGGCGUAGAGUAUUUCGAGUCCUGCUUUAAGCAGGUUUGGACAAAGGUAAGGUAGAUAAAAGUAAAUAAGAGAAAAAUAAGAAAAAAUUAGGAUAACUUGUAGUAACAUUUACCUUUUAAGAUCUACAAGUCUUUCUAUCCGUGGAUCCCUUUAACAGAAAAAAUGUUAAUAAUGUUAAUGCCAUCUUGUGGAUUUGUUAUAAUAAACA